AUGUUGACGACCCCAAUGAGGUGGCAAGUGCUGUGCCUCGGUGCGUCACUACUGGAGCAGGUGCAGCUAGUCAGCGGGCUAUCCCGAACCUCGAUCAUAACGGACGACCCUGAAAAGUUCCUGCAACGUUUUGCUCAGGUGGAGAAGAAGCAGACACUGACCGACGAAGAGGCGGAAUGGCUUGAGGUGCUCGCGCAGGGCUGGGCCAGUGACCUGGGAGGGUUCAUGAAUGAAAAGCAAUAUUUGAAGUCGCUGCACCACCAGGAUCCGCCGGUGCCCAUCGUGCUCACCUGCGACCUUCCGGUCGGCUGGGAGAAAACUGCAAGCGACCCGACGCUGGGCCUCCGGUACGCGUUUAAGAAAGACGUUGACGCAGCAGAACCGAAACCCGUAGCGAUAUUGCGCAACGUGCAGGUGUUCGAGCACCGGGUCGAGGAGCGCAUCGCACGGACGUUUGGCUUGAUAGAAAACGACUACCCGUACGUGGAGAGCUGGAUUCGACCGGCCGCGACGAAAAACCUUUGCGGAGGCGACCUGGAAGUGCUGCAGGAAAGUUGGCCGCGGGGCGAUGGGCUCGACAAGUACCGGCUAACGCCGACGCAAAUUCGUCACGUGUUCAAGGAGCAUGACGCGGUCUUCGUGUUUCAGCUGCGAAACCCAAUCCACAACGGGCACGCGCUUCUUAUGAAAGACACGCACCGCCAACUGGUUUCCGAGGGCUACAAGAACCCGCUCCUGUGGAUCAAUCCCCUUGGCGGCUGGACAAAAGAGGAUGACGUACACAUAGAUUUGUUUUUGUAGAAUAAUGUUUAUUCACUUUAGCUCAGUUGUUCAUCUGAAACUGAAACAGAAUCAUGGUCGUAGAAGGGCUAUGCUAGUACCUUUCAACGACAAUGAUAAUGAAAGCGACUGAGACCACCAACAUUUAUUUUUAGGUUCCACUUUCGUGGCGCAUGCGACAGCACGAGAAGCUUCUAGAGAACAGAGUUUUCGGAGAUGAGCUGAAAACUUUGCUGUCGAUUUUCCCGAGUCCGAUGCUGUACGCAGGCCCUCGUGAGGUGCAAUGGCACGCACUCGCGCGACAAAAAGUGGGGGCCACCCACUACAUCGUAGGACGGGAUCCGGCCGGUAUGAAGCACCCGCGGACAAAAGACGACGCGUAUUCAGCCUGGCACGGACAGAUGAUGCUGAAGAUGAACCCCAAGUUUGACAUGACCAUCGUGCCCUUCCAGUUCGCCGCCUACGAUAAAACCGUUCGGGAGAUGCGGUUCUUCGACCCCAAGAGGAAAGACGACUUCGUUUCCAUUAGUGGGACCAAAAUGCGCGCGCUUGCCGCAGCGGGCGAAACCCCGCCGGAUGGCUUCAUGCACCCAGAAGGCUGGAAAAUCCUGGUUGAGUACUACGCAAUGCUGAAAAAACAAAAGGAACAAGCGUCGGCAAGGAACGAAUUGUAA